AUGGACAACAAACUGCAGCAAAAGUUCGCACUCAUCCAACAGAUGAAGAAGGAAAAAGAACUCAAGGAGGCGUCGCGGGCCAAGGACCACCGCUCCGUCGACAUCUUUGCCCUCGCAGGAGUCAACUUACCCAAACCGAAAUCCACUCUGCCAACAGCAGUACCCAUUCCCACUCAGUCGCGCCAAGACAGUGCUAGUAAUAGCAACUCCAUUCGCCAUGAACCUCCAGCAAAGAGGCCUCGUGUGCAAAAGGUUUCAGGAGCAGGAGCAGGAGCAGGAGCAAGAACAGGAACAGGAGUAGAAACAGGAACAGGAGUAGGGACAGGAGCAGGAAUGGAAAAGAAGCUAAAGCGGUCGUCCAUGGCAAUCCGCAGUUCUGCUGCAUCACAGUUGCACCUGCAUGGAAGCAACACUGGUGAUAGCUCUGAAAAGUUGGAUAACCCGUCUUACUCUGGUCGCGGUAGGAAUCCUUCUAUCAGCUCAAUGGCCUCACCUCCUUACACCUCCACUCCUGGCCACCACCACCAUACAUCCGACAGCAACCACGCGACAACAGCAACCCCCCCUACACCUAUCCCAUCACCAAGAAACGACCCCACGGUUCAAACGGACAGCCCCAACGGCCGACCUGGAGCAAAUGGACGUCGCUGGAGUGGAAGCACAGAUAGUCGCGAAGGGAUCGCGCAAACCGCACAUGGGCAAUCACUUCAAGCCGUCCGUCACCAAUCCCCCGACACCAUUGCCGACUAUCAGACCAACGCCAGGACGCACCCCUUGACGGACCAAUCAGGCAGCCAGGAACACAGGAAGCGCAGGAUGGACAGCCACGGAGACUUUGGACGGCAUGCUGGAGACUAUGAAAACCAUCGUCCUCGUUUCCGCUCAAAUUCGUGUUCACGCUCACCUUCACCUGGCAGACGAAGCGGCUUCAGAUCCCGAUCACGCUCGGUCAGUCCAUACAGAGAUCAAGGGCCUGAUUUCUUCAAGCGGAGAGACAGCGCAAGGGACUUUGAGCAGGAUUGCUACCCCCACCUUGACACACACACCUCGACCAUCCGACAUCAGGAACUGCCGCCUCUUUUUAGCAAGAUUCGCGUCGAAGGACUCGCAGACUCGACGUCAGUCACAGUGUUACUGACUGCAUUCGGACCAUACGGCGAGAUCGAGGAGGCAAACCUGGUCGAGGGCAAGAAUAUUGCUUUUGUGACAUACACCAGACUGGAUGCAGCACAGCGGGCACUGGAAAUGAUGAACGGAUCGACGGUGGACGGAGCUCUUGUUAGAGUCUUUAGGGAGGAGUUCCCGAUAUACUACCAAAGGGGCUCUGGUUCAGAGGCCGGUACGAUGUCGCCACUGCCGACUCGUGAUGGAGCUCGUCGUCCUUCACUGGCUACGUCAACCUCUUCGGCCUCUUCCCAGGGUUUGAUGACACCUGAGUCAACGACUUCGAGACCGAUCCACCACCUUCCGCCUCGUCCUCGCUCACCCAAGCUGCCACCCAAGCCUGUCACUGCUGUCUACCCACCUGUCGGCGCAGACCCUCGGGCAGCCGUUGCUCAAGCGCGUGGACGUGGACGUCAAAUCCUUAGCUACGGCGACCUUUAG